AUGAACGCAAGUUCCAACACUCCAGCGAUGACAGCAACGACUUCUCAGCCAGUCCUUCACACUGGCAUCUGGGACAUCAUCCUCGAGCAGCUUGCUGUGAGAGGAGACCAUGGUACUCUGGCGAAUUGCACUCGUCUCAACAAGGAACUGUCUGAGCUAGCAUCUCGACACCUCUACAGUGCGCAAUUUUGCCCUCCUAGAUAUUGGGGCGGAGAGGCUACAGAAAGCCUUUGGGCGAAUCUGUCUGCCGACAUGUUGGUGUGCGAGGAGCAUCCAGACGCGAACGAAGCCUUCCCUGCUACCUACCACCCGUACCUGCUUUACAUACGCCAUCUGAAUCUUCUCAACUUUCUCUCAGUCCACGGGUGCAGACCGUUCCCCGACCAGCGGUUCGUUGCUGUGAACCGUGAGGCUGCCCAGCAGAACCCCGGCUCCACGACUGAUCAAAGCAUUGUCGCGGCGAACCAUGUCACUGCCGAAACCCCGAGCAUCGGAUGCUUUGGAGAUCGCCUCCUCCGCAAGCUGGCUCAAAUGUCCACAGAAAAAGGCUUAAACAUCAUGCUUAAGAGCUUGACGGCAGACUGGUGGAUGAAUGUCCAGCCAGUCAUUCAUACCUUUAGGAAGCUGGAAAGUCUCUCCCUCGUCUUUCUCGAUGACUUGGACAAAUCUGCAGCCGCAUUGAUCACGACGCAUCUGCCAAUGUUGACGAAGAUAUCAGUGGUACAGGCUGAUGACUCUGAAAUUGCUUCCUUUGCAGAUUUCGUUUCGGAGCUGCCGCCGACUCAGUUGCGUUCGUUCGACUGCUCCCUCAAUCAGACGCAGAUGCCGCUUUUGGAAGCAAUUGCGCAGCAAACUUGUCUACAGGAACUCACUUUGCAAUUCGUAGUUCGCCCUCCUUUCGAGUUGUAUCGACUCUUUGAGCUGACGAACUUGACAUCACUGACCCUCAGCUUCAACUACCAGCCCUCGCCUCAAAACCGUUUGAGAUUCAAAAGAUGGGCAGAAGAGAACCGCAGCAAGGUUACAGACUGGCUCAAAUUUUGCCAGGCUCUUCGCAGUCUCCAUCUCUUCCGCUUUCCAGACCUCAUUCCCGCUGUUGCUGAUGCUCUUCCCUACUUACGUUUACGCAGAUUACACAUUUUUUCGACGGGAUGCUACGAAGACUUCUAUGAAGCACUCGAAACGCAGCAGCUCGAGUAUCUCUUCUUAGCCGAGUGCUCUGAAGAAGGCCUCGUCAACCCUACUUCGAGGUCGAAAGAACGAGGCGAGCUUGUCAUGAAAGCAGUGACAGCCAUGCCGUGUCUUCGGGAUCUGCGGCUGCAUACAUAUUCCACUCUGGACUGCAGUGCGCUUGAUAAUAUUGCCAAACACGUACCGAAGCUCCAUACGCUAUCCUUUGUCUGCCGAAAAGGCGAGAAUUCGACCUGGACGCUCCGCGCUCUCGAAGGCUUCAAGCACCUCACCAGCUUGACAGUACUAGGCCAUACCAAAUUCUCGUCGCGUGAGAUACUCUACUGGGUCAGCUACAUGCAUUGCCAUCAGCGCCCUGGCGGCUUCAGGCUGAGUCUCCCUGCACAAGAUCCGCGGUCUUGGUACCGAGGAAUGAGAGCCCCAGCCCAGAUAGUGCCUUCCACUAACGACCCGGCGACGGCAACUCUGAAGCAGGUGUUAAAGUGGCUGGCCGUAUUUGGAAGGGAACGCCACUGGCGGGGCAAUGACUACGAGGCUGAAGAGGAGCGCAUGUUUGUACAGCUUUGGGGCGAUGCCAGGGGCCCGGCUGAGGGGCUGCAGCUUCUUAGAGGCUCAGGGCCGUACGCGCCGUGGUCAGGCUUGAUGCAUAGCACGGACUUCUGCGGUGACACGAUGGCUAUCCUCAACUUCACGCUCAGCGAGGACGCUGUCGCUGCCUUCCGCGACGUACUCGCCUGCCUGAACAAGUUCAGUGACGAGGUCUCCCUAGAAGCCAAGAAGGACAAGUUGGUCCUCACAGCACUCAAUGCAUCUAAGUCGGCAUACUCCUGCUUCACAUUCACCACCAAUCGCUUCUGCUCCCGCUACCAGUUCGAGGGAAGUGCGCAGUACCGGGACAAGUUCUACUGCACGCUGUAUACCAGGUCACUCGCCUCCAUCUUCCGAAGCCGUGCAGGUGGCGAUCCUCAGCGUGAUCGCGAGAAGGAGAGCACGAUUGAUCGUUGUGAUGUCGCUAUUGAAGAUGGACCAGGUGUCAAGAGUCGCUUCAUCGUGAAGCUAGUUUUCCGGAAUGGUGUCACAUCUACACAUCGACUGCCGUUCGAGGUUGCGGUGCCAGUGCACGCCAAAUUCGACCGAGAUGAAGCGAUCCAUCAUUGGACCAUCCCGUCGCGGACUUUGAGGCAACUGAUGGAACAUUUUGGUCCUGGAGUCGAGCUUCUGGAUAUCAACUCAGAUGGCGAACAUGUUAACUUCACAUGCUACACAGAGAAGACGACAAAUGGAGACGAGGUUCUCAAGAAACCACUACACACAUCAAUCGCCAUUGAGGUCGACGAAUUCGAAGACAUAGAAGUCGAGGAUAAGCUCCGCAUCGUUAUCAGCGUCAAAGACUUCCGCGCCAUUAUCCAGCACGCUGGCAUCACCGGCAACCACAUCUCCGCUCGAUACUCUAAUCCGGCGCGUCCGAUACUGUUCACUUAUCCCGGCGACGGCAUGAGUUGCGAGUUUCUGCUCAUGACGGUCGGCGAGAAGGGUAACCCGGCCCAGAAGACGAAGAAAGGUAAGGCGAAGGGCGCCCAAGCGGCUCCGCAGCAACAGCUCGAAGCCGCGUCUAGAAGACAGAGUGCCGCGCCGUCUGAGACCCCGCAGCCCCAGGAGCAACCACCCGCGCAGAGUAUGCCGCCUCCAGCGCUGUCGGCGUCUGUAUCACGGAGUGGAGUCGCCGCGCGCACUUCACUGUUCGAUUUGCGGCCAUCACAGCGACCGCCUCCCGCAACCAUGGCUUCUCAAAGCCUGUUUGUGGACGACCAAGACGAACAGGCGUGGGAGCCCGUCAGGUACGAAGAGGACGAUGAUCCAGACUUGGAUGCAAGACUUGGGUGGGAUCAUAGUAAUCAGCCCACCGCUUCUUCCAUGCACCUUGACCGCAAAGUCGCUGAAGAGAAUGCCGAAUUCGACCCGACUCCAGCCAGUAGCGCAGGAUUGGAGCCCACACAGCGCCUUGAUGAUGUUAGGCGCCUGGGCUUAUUCUACCAAGGCCCAUGA